GUGCUUGGCGUCUUGAGGGGCCGACUAGUCAUUGGCUUUCAUCCCCGUUUGGAGGCUGUCAACGUGUUUGCAAACCAGACCAAGUUGAAGCCUCUCAAGGACAACAAAUGGCUAGAGCAGGACUGCAGAGCAGGCAGAGCAUUGCGCAUUUUGCAUGUGAUUUAUAUGGAGUGUUUCUUGAUCUCAUCAAAAUGUUGA